AUGGCGCUUCCUUCGAUUGUGAAGUAUCCCUUCUCCAAGCUGUAUCGAUUCGGCAAACUCAUGCUUGAUGCCAAAUCAACAAAAUGGCCUGGUAUGUCUCGCGCAGGCAUAUACAUGCUAAAUGCCGCGCUACUUCUCAGCAUCGCCCAAAUAUCCCUCCAUCUCUGGCUAGCCGUCACUCUGGCAAACCUACCUGCUGAAGCACAGGGAUGUUAUGAAGGAAAUGGUCUCACUGGCUUCCCUAUGACCAAUGAGAAGACCUACCGCCCUGUCACUUACGCAAACAUCCGUGGCAAGGAAGCACUGAGCAUUGGUGCCAAUCCUUCAACUGCCACGUUCGUAUUCGCGACGGUUUUGCCCUUCAUAGUCUUCAUUCUGCUAUGCAUGACUGUCGGCCUUCACUUUUCGAGAAGGGGAAUGUCGAACAGAUAUGGAGUACUCCUCGGUUGUGUCUUGUUUUUGGGCUACUUGGGCACUACGGGCGCAAGUGCGUUUCUGAACAUCGACACCGACGAUGUCAGGACGGAUUAUGAGUGGUGUUGGGUAGAUCAUGUGCAGAUGGUUCCGCUUGCAGCAGCAAGAGAAACCAGAUUCGGAGUCCGAACCGCUAUCAGUGCGCUGAUGGGUGUUGAGGUCGCAUGUGCAACCCUAUACAUCUUCGCUUCGUUCUACGCCGCUCGCACCAACGCGAAAAGCACGAGGGCGAUGGGUAGGAGACUGCAGGACCUAAGUCCAGACGGCAUACGCAUCGACGUCAAUGCGCCUCCCCGUCCUCCUCACGACGAUGAAGAGAACAUCGCAGUCUCCGACAUGCCUGCACAGGAUCCUUUCGAUGAUACCAACGCAGUGACGACCUCCAACGGCAAGAGCAUAGAUUCAAUUGAUACUUACACACCCUCCGGACACCCCUUCACCGACCCCGAGCACCGUUCCAGUCCGCAUGUCAACAGCAAAGGGCAGGAAUUUAACGGGCCGGUUACUUCUAGGCGUGGAGAUCUAGAAUUUGCGACAGAGGGAGGUAGUAUACGGCACUCGCCUCUUUCUCCUCAGGACAUCGUCGAUGACAGGUCCACCGAAGACUUGCGGACUGGUGGAGUGGGCAAUCUGAGUGUUAUCGAAGAAGAAGGUACCAUAGGUGGUUCUGCUUCGGACAAGGAGACAGGGGAGGCAGUCAGUCCCUUUGAGGAUGAUGCUCAGGUAGAAGACGCUCGGAGGCAGUCUGUCCCUUUGAAUUUGGCGCCUGGGUGGAGCGAGUGAGUAGGGACGCUGUUGAGGGGAACAUGGAGCAGGGUACUGGUAGCGUUGCCACUGAGAAAGUGGCGGAGGUCAGUGGAAGAACAGGCGACGCUCCCUCGGAACUGCAGACCAGCUAGAGGUUUAAGAGGAGAGCAAAGGGUG